CAGUGUUGAUGUCGGUGCGGGUAACCUGUCCACCAUGAGCCACCGGUACUGUGCGCUCAGCUGCCUCCGCGUCGCGCUCGUCCAGCUGCCCCUGCUGCUGCUUCUCACGCAUGGUCCGGGGCGCGUCGCGGAGCUGGCGGUGGCGGCGGAAUACUCCUCCAAAACCGACUUGGACUACGAGUUCGGGGACUACAGGGGCAAGUGGUGUAUCGACGACCACGGUUUCGUCUACGGCAUCGGAGAGGUUUAUUACCCGAGCCCCACGGCGUGUCCGUGCACGUGCACCGUGGACGGUCCCGUGUGCGUCCGACCCAAGUGUCCCCGCAUCCACCCCCGGUGCACGCGGAUCAGAUAUAAGGCAUGCUGUCCAGUGUGCGAGGCUGUGGCCAGGGUCUGUGUCUACGGGGGCAAAGUUUAUCGGCUUCUAGAGGAAUUCAGGUUGUCGAGAUGUGAGCGAUGUCGCUGCGAGGCCAACAGAGAGGUGUACUGCAGCAUUUCAGACUGCCCCGCCCCUCACUGCGUCAACCCCACCUACGAACCCAACCACUGCUGCCCGAUCUGUAAGACGGGUCCCAACUGCUUUGCCGGGAACAGGGUGAUCCCGGCAGGGGAGCGUGUGAACAUUGACGAGCAAACGGUUUGCUACUGCACCUACCGGGACGGGACGUGGCACACCCACCCCUAUGCCACCUGCGAGCAGCGCCCCCAGCCCAGCGAGCCACCUGGUGAUCGCACCGACUCCCCCAGGGACGAGGAAAACAAGGGGAGAGGGGGUAGACCGUUUAAUCCCAGACUGGAUGUGAUACCAUGAAGUGGCGUGUUAAUUAAAUGUGUCAGAGAGCUCUGCAGGUACAAGUAAACUCUGUUAGUAUCAGGAGAGGUUAACUGGGCUUCAAUAUUUCAAUAUAGCAUUACUCAACUUGCACAUUUAUGUUGAAAACACAACCAGUGAGAUUAUGUUACCAUGGUAACAAUCAAUGACACCUGCGCUGUGCAGUAGCACCCAAUAAGAAAACACAGGAAAAACAUGGUGAGAGCAAUGACAGGGGAAAGACUUUUUGGAGACUGCAGCCAUUCUUUUUUUUUUUUUUUACAAAUCAGAUUUUUCUUGUCAUUGUUAAACUCUUCGUACUCUCUGGUAACUGUUGAAUUCUUCCAAAAGACAAACAUUUUCUGCUGUGGUAAACAGAGCUCAGUGGUUGGAUGCAGUUUCUCGGUCAGCCAUUUUUUUAUAUCGAAAAAAGUCCUACAGAAUUCAUUGUACCACAGCCCGGCUUAAGAUAGUCAAAGAACUAAACUACUUGCAACGGAUGAAUUUAGACUCAGUCUAUCUGAAGGCUGAUUAUUUGUUAUAUCUGAGCCACAGUCAAAGUCUGUCUUAGUGAAGCCGGCUCCAGUAUAAAGACGAACAGACACUGACAGCAGAGAUCACAACUAGAAAUUUUUAAAAAUGACUAGAAGAAAGUAUUUGAGUUUUUUGGAUAUGGAUGAAUCCAAGUUAUCGUCUGCCCUCCUGCACUUGUAGUUUUUUCAUGGGAGCUGUAUUUUUUUCUGGGAUCGCAAAGAAAUUAUUGUUUAACUUCAUUAAAAUCACAAACGUUUCAGUUUCUUAUAGCACCUGCUGUAGUUGAUUACAGGUAGUGGAUCAGAGGCUAGCCUGGAUUCAACUUCAUGACUUCAGCACUAUGGCGUGUUGAGACCAUGUCAACUACAAAUGAAAUACAUCAUUAAGUUCAAUCACAGGUAUUUACAUACAUUAAUGAAAGUGAAUUUCAUGCAUCAGUGAUGUGAGCUGCCCCAGCAAAGACAAACUGGGCAUGUAAAGACCAAAUGGCUGGUCUCCAGAGACCACAGAGGAGCCAGAGCGCAGUGCAGCCAUAUCUGGUGGACCGUGGCCUUCAGAGAUGCUUCAGUAAAACUGUAAGAUACUCUGCAGGGUGGUGGGUGUUGAGGGAAGGAGAGGCAUGAAACCACAGCACCCUACAAACCCACGUAGAUUGACCGCACAUUUUACUCUUGGACACCUGGUCGUUUUUAUUUAUCUUUUUAUUUAUUUCAAUAAAUGUCAAACUACAGUCAUGGUCUAUUUGAGGUCUAUGUUUGAGUAUUUAUUUCAUAUCUUUUAAAUUUUGGUUUAUGUCAGUUCAGAGAGACAAGAAUUAGCAUGAGAAUAUAUAACUCACAUUGAAAAUUAGAAGUUUGAUAUGGUACAAAAAGGACCAUUGCUGACAGUAAUUGUUUAAAUAAUCAAUAGACUGACAGAAAAUGAACUGACAAUUGAUUACUAAUUGUUUAUGUCAAAAACAAAAUCUCCUAUUCUGCCUUGUGUGUCAUAUUUUAAAUAUUUGGACUGUUGGCCCGUCUCACCAUGGACUGAGAUUUUAUAGACUUAUGUGUUCAUCAGUUAAUUAAAAACGGGUUAGUUACAUGAGAUACGAUAAGCUACACGAACAGGAAUAAACUGAUGGGUCUUUUUUCAGCACCUGAUGCUGGUGUUCAAUCAUUUGCUGUCUCAGUUUAUACCCUCCUUGACAUCACAUAUAGAUGGAGAUUAUGGGAUGCUCUUUUUUUGUGUUACAGUCCCACUUUCCGACUGUCAAUCUGAUGAAUGUAUGGAAGAUGGGACGGAGUGACAGAAGGGAAAACAAGUGUUGGGUGCAGGUGGUGUCCUGGCUUCUCUCUGCGGCCCUGCUGCUUUCCAUCUGUCAGCAGAGAGGCCAGAGAUGUCCAAGUAGACCAGACACACACUCACAGGGCUGAGGAUGAGUCACAAUUUACCUGGAGUAAUAGAUGCUACAUACACAUGUAAUGUCAGAGUGCAUGCCCGUUUGUGUUGAUCACCCUUACUAUGUAUUGUAAAUGUAUUGUUAUAUUCCUGUUGCAAAAAUUAAUUAUUUUUCUUACCCAUGCUCCUGCAGUGUUCCCAGAUGAAAAUCACCUGUGUAUUUUCUGUCCUGUUGUUAAGAGUUAAUGAGUUUAUGUCCUCAUCUUCUUCACAGGUUCAAACAGGCCGGUAUUCAAUGGUACUCAGGUGUAUGACAGUUUCCCAGUGGUAUGUUUUACUGUAGUCUGAACACUUUCCUAAACACCCUCUCUCUCUCCAACGUCUUUUCUCGUCAGUGAGUAGUUCAUAGCUGUGUAAGAACUGUACAUAGGCACUUACAGGUUCCUUAACGCCCUCUUGUGGUAGGUCUGAGGACAUGCAUUAACAAGGUGCAACUGGAGGAAGAAGUAAUUUUAUACCUGGGUAAAACUAAAGCCCAUUUUUAUUUUACCUCAUCUUUGUUACUUGUUUAUUUUUCUAUUGUGUAUGUUGAGCAUUUUUUCUUUGAUAUUUGUUUUAUCUUCCAUUAUGAAUAUUGAGAUCUAUUUUGUUAUUUUUGUUACCCUGCUGCUUUAACAUAAUUUCCCAAUUUGGGAUCAAUAAAAGUACAUUGAUCCAUCUAUAUUUCAAAAUCCUUUGUACAACAUAGCAUGUAAAUUGUAACAAGAGCCACAGCACAUUUACCAAAACAUGUCAAUAUAACUAUAGUUCUGCUUAAUCUACAUUUUUUCCCCCAAUAAACCUCAAAUCAGACGUCCACAACUGUGAAACUUGUGUAUAAAGCAACUUUAAUGACUACUGAAACAUCAACACCUGUAUUAAGUGCAAAUAUUAAAGAGGCACUUUUACUGUGCAAAACCCAACAAGAUGAUGCUUGCAAAAGUAAUUUGUCCAAAUAUCCAUGUACAACAGUAAAUAUGUCGAAAUAUGUUUCCUUUACAUAAAUGAAAAA